UGUAAACAACAUAACCAAACCACGCAAUUGGGCACAAAUCGCACAAUCGGGUGAUGAGGAAACGCAACAAUUGUUGCGAUCCCUAGACGAGGGACAGUUGGACGCCUCGAGAUACGUCAAAAAGGGUGAUCUUUUGUACUAUCGCUAUACACCUACGGGCGAAGAGGGGCGCCUCCUCUGUUUUAUUCCUAAGGGGUAUCGACUUAGUCUGCUUCGUAUUUUUCACGACGAACAUGCCCAUAUUGAUGUCGAAAAGACUGCCGAUCUCAUAUUACGAUAUUUUUGGUUUCCUGGUCUAAGGACCUUUAUUUCCAAAUAUGUUAAGCAUUGUUUAACCUGCAUAGCUCAUAAACGUGUGCCACGAUCCUCAUUACAGCCAAUUACUUCAUGGGCCAAGCCUAAUAUUCCAUUUGACACUCUACACCUUGACGUUUUGGGACCGUUACCAGAAUCACAAGGUUUUAAGCACAUAUUAGUUGCAGUUGAUUCUUUUUCCAAAUUUUGUCACUUAAUUCCUAUUCACCGACAAGAUUUAACUGAGCUGAAGCGAGCCAUGCAAUUAAUUAUUUCCUUGUUCGGUACUCCCAACACUUUAAUUUGUGAUAGAGGUAGAAUGUUUGAGGCUUCGAGUUUUUUAUCUUUUCUUAAUGAGUUAGGAUGCCGAGUGCAUCACAUCACUCCUGAGAUGCAUCAAGCUAAUGGCCAGGCCGAACGCUAUAUCCGCACGAUUCUCAAUAUGCUUCGUAUCGAGUCAAAUCAAAAGAAAAGUGAAUGGGCUGAGGAGUUGUGGCGACUGCAAUUAAUUUUAAAUAUCACAAAACAAAAGACAACGCAGUAUUCUCCCUUAAACUUGUUGAUCGGGUCCGAAAAUGCAUUACCGGUAGUCCGCUCGUUAAUACGCGAUGUGGCUUUAGAAAAUUCUACUGACAAUCGUGAGUCAUUACGCGAAUUACGAAGACAGAGGACGACCGAACGGUUGACACGAAAUCAAGCCGAACAAGAUCGACGGGUGAACGAAGAUCGUGAGCCUCCCCGCAUCUAUAAAUUGAAUGAUCUCGUAUUUGUGAUCAAGUACUCCCAGUCACAGGGCAAGUUGGAUCCAGGAAUGCGUGGACCUUACCGAAUUACCCGAGUGCUCGAUCAUGGGCGCUACGAGCUGAAGCUGGUCAGCGGAGCAUACGGCAAGGUUACUUAUGCGGCCGCGCAGUACCUGGUGCCCUGGAGAGGAGAGUGGACCCCGGAGACCUGCGCAGCAUUCUUUGAGGGAGAGGAGAAUGAUGACGUCUCAGCAGAUGCCGUAACUGCUCAGUCCGAUCCUACUCAAGAACAACCCGGUCCAUCAUCGAAGCCUGACGAGGACGUCAGACUGUCAGGAGAGGCCGUGUUAGCGGCAACACCAGAAGCUGAUUCACCUAGCCACCCCCCUACCUCUCAGAGUGUAUAAAAACUGCCUCGCCACGUGACUCGUUCUCUU